CGUAACUAGUGACGAUAGCAAGCAAAAUGAAAACAUCAAACGCUGUUAUUGUUGUUGCUCUUGUUAUUAUUGGUCCGCUGUUUGCCAAAUGAAAUACAUAAAUAGGCAGCUGUAGUUAGUUGUUUUUGAUAAGUCUAGCAGUAGCCAUCGUCCAUUGGUCAAAGCAGAGAGCGAGGCAAAAACAAAGCAAAUCAAAGCAAAGCAAAAGCAGUGCAGCAGCGACAGCGACAGCAGCAGCAGUGCUCAAUUCCCGGACGCAGUAAAAGUUCUUUGUCUGCGCGACGAGGCAGAAGCAGCGACGCUGACUGCGACAUCCAUCGUACGUGCGUCGCUAUUGAAUUUGCAGUUGUUUGUUGACAUCGAACGAGCGCGACGUCUCAGCUCUGUUAUAGUUGGAGUUGGUGUGCGAAUGUGUGUACGCGUCUAUGUGCAUGUGCAUGCAUGUGUGUGUGUGUGUCUGCGUCUGCGCCUUUAUGUAUAAGUGUGCGAGACGAGAAAUGCAAGUGCACCUAAACAAAGCAACAGCUUACUACGCGCCAUAACAACAGCAGGAGCCUCACAGUCAUUCAAACUAGGCAGUGCAACGCGGACGUUAGCUUUUCAAGACGCGAACGUAACGUAAACAAAAGAAAGCUAGCAAAUUUACUGCUGCUGCUGCAAUUGCCAAUGGUGAUGCUGUUGCUGCUGCAAUUGCAACGCACAACAAAUUGACAUGCACUAAGAAGGACGAUAAACGCAAGUAACAAGGACAGCUAACAUACCGUUACCAGAAUUUGCAAUACAAUUUACUAACAACAAUAACAACAACAACAAACGAAAAAUGUCAUCUGUGAAUGUGAACCAAAAGGAGAGUCCAAGUCGCGAUUCGACUGCCUCAACAUCGGGCCACAUCUCGAUGAUAGCCGAGAAUACGUUGGAAUCACUGUCGCGAGACUACAGCCUGGUUAGCCUCAAUUCGGCUGGCAGCCAGGACGAGUUCUUUCGCUGUCGCGAUCACGCGGACAGUGUACUGAAGCGCAUGCAGCUGUAUGUGGACAGCCAGCAGCUGUGCGAUGUGGUGCUCAUCGCUGGCAUCGAUGGCAAACGGGUGCCUGCUCACCGCUUGGUGCUAUCCGCUUCGAGUGCAUACUUUUCAGCAAUGUUUACGGGCUCGCUGCGCGAGACCACGGAGCACGAUGUGACCCUGGGCGAGGUCCAUGGCGAUGCACUGCAGCUGCUUGUACAGUAUUGCUAUACAGGGUAUAUUGAGCUGCGCGAGGAUACUGUGGAAACGCUGCUCGCCACGGCCUGUCUGCUGCAGCUGAACUCUGUGGUCACGGCCUGCUGCAACUUUUUGGCCCGCCAGCUGCAUCCAUCCAACUGCCUGGGAUUUGCGUUCUUUGCAGAGCAACAGAGCUGCACGGCUUUGUUGCGGCUGGCCCAGGCGUAUACCUGCCAGUACUUCAUGCAGGUGUGCCAAAAUCAAGAGUUCUUCCAGCUGAACGCCGAUCAACUAGGCAAGCUGCUGUGCAGCAAUGAUCUCAAUGUGCCCUCCGAGCAAGAUGUCUUCCACAGCCUGAUGUCGUGGGUGCGCCACGAUGCCCCCAACCGUGAGCAGUACAUUGGCGAGUUGCUGGCUCUGGUGCGCCUCCCACUGCUGCAGCCAGUCUUCAUAAUGGAUCACGUGGAGAACGUAUGCACCACUAAUGAGUGCCAACAGCUUGUGAUGGAGGCCCUAAAAUGGCACCUAAUGCCCGAGCGGCGCUCACGCAUCGCCACCGAACGCACAACUCCCCGCAAAUCGACAGUCGGCCGACUCCUGGCUGUGGGCGGCAUGGAUGCGCACAAGGGCGCCAUCACAAUCGAAAGUUACUGCCCCCGUCUGGAUAAGUGGACGCCCUGGAAGCACAUGACCGGACGUCGUCUGCAGUUUGGUGCCGCUGUCAUGGAGGACAAGCUGAUUUUGGUGGGCGGACGCGACGGUCUGAAGACCUUGAAUACCGUGGAGAGCCUCGACUUAAACACAAUGGCCUGGGUGCCACUGAAUCCAAUGACAACGCCACGUCAUGGCCUGGGUGUGGCCGUGCUCGAGGGUCCGCUCUAUGCGGUGGGGGGACACGAUGGCUGGAGCUAUCUCAAUACGGUCGAACGCUGGGAUCCAAGUGCCCGUACCUGGAGCUAUGUGGCACCCAUGUCAUCGAUGCGUUCAACAGCUGGCGUUGCGGUGCUGGGCGGUCGUCUCUAUGCAGUGGGCGGACGCGAUGGCUCCGUUUGCCAUCGCUCCAUCGAAUGCUACGAUCCGCACACAAACAAAUGGACACUACUCGCCCCAAUGAAUCGACGACGCGGUGGCGUUGGCGUGACUGUCGCAAAUGGGUAUCUCUAUGCACUCGGAGGUCACGACUGCCCGGCCAGCAAUCCCAUGGUCUGCCGCACCGAAACCGUCGAGCGUUACGAUCCGGCCAACGAUACCUGGACACUGAUUUGUUCGCUGGCUCUGGGACGCGAUGCGAUCGGCUGUGCUCUGCUUGGCGAUCGUUUGAUUGUCGUCGGCGGCUAUGAUGGCAAUCAUGCCUUGAAGACCGUCGAGGAAUAUGAUCCGGUGCGCAAUGGCUGGAAUGAGCUGGCGCCCAUGUCGUUUCCACGUGCUGGCGCUUGUGUAGUUGCCAUACCGAAUGUUAUACCGGCAGCCGCUCCACUGCCUCCAGCCAGUGCAACAAAGAAGAAGAAGUGGAAGCCAGUCAGAUUGGAUCCAAUCUGCUAUAGUCGUCGUAGAUCCGUCGAAUUUCUCGACUACUAUAAUAUGUAAUUACGAAAACUAUAAAAAUUUAAGAAAAAACAAAACAAUACAAAAAUAAGUUGAAUCAAAAAAGC